AUGAAGUUCCUCGCCAGCAUCCUACCCUUCGUCGCUUGCGCCGGCGCGCACACCAUCUUCCAGCGGCUGACCGUCAACGGCGCCGACCAGGGACGCCUGACAGGCAUCCGCGCGCCCGAGAAGACCGAUCCCAUACAGGACGUCAACGACGCCGGCUUUGCGUGCAACAACAACAUCCGGCACGAGGACAGGUCUCUUGUCGCCGUGCCCGCCGGCGCCAGGGUGGGCGCGCUCUGGGCUCACGGCAUCGACGGGCCCCUGUACCCGAACGACGUCGACAACCCCAUCGCCCCGAGCCACAAAGGCCCUAUUAUGGUGUACCUCGCCAAGGUAGACGAUGCCGUGUCCGCCAACAGGAACCCCAAGGGCGCCCUGGACUGGUUCAAGAUCUCGGAAAAGGGUCUCGGCGACGACGGCGUCUGGGCCGUGGACGAGCUGAUCGCCGACGACGGGUGGUACAACUUCACCAUGCCCUCCUGCGUCGCCCCGGGUCAGUACCUCAUGAGGGUCGAGAUCCUCGCCCUGCACGGCGCGUACGACCAAGGAGGGGCCCAAUUCUACAUGGGAUGCGCGCAGAUCCGGGUCGACGGGGGCGGGAACGGGAAGCCCCCAUCGGAGCUCGUCAGGUUCCCCGGCGCCUACAGCGCGACGGACCCGAGCAUCCACGUCAGCAUCUAUGAUGACUACGGCCAACCGAACAACGCGGGGAGGCCGUACAGGAUCCCAGGUCCCAAGGUUCUCUCCUGCAACUGA